UGUUAUAUUACUCUGUAUACACUCUCCAAUCACAUUUUACUUGUCUAGAGGUCAUAAUGAAGGAUUAUGAGCUUAAUUUUAUCUAAUUUGUUUGAACAUGACAUGCACCAUGAGAUGAGAUAUUUUACUGAGUAGUACCAACACAUUGUUUUCUAUUCUUGAUCGCUUAGCGGUUAGUAACCAAAAUUACGACUCAAAGUAGUUACAGAUUGCCAUAAAAGCAUUCUCAACAUUGCUUGGAAGAACUGGAAAAUGGUAAGAAACACAGAAAGCUGGAUGACAGACAACUUAAAAUGGAUGAAGACAUAUUACCUUGUAGCUAAAUAUGUUAUCUUAGGUUGCAGAUUAGCAUAAGCUUGCUAAUCUAAACAAGUUAUUGUAUCACUGUUUUCCUCAAGUCACUUUGGAUAAAAGUGUCUACUAAAUGAAUAAAUGUAAAUGUUGUAGAUUAGCUUAUCUAACAAGUUCAAUUAAUUACGUGACCAUGUAUUUAUUUAUUUAUUUAUUUGGCAGGUAUUCAUGUAGCAAGCAAUACACGGUAUGCCGCUCAAAAAAAAAAAAAAAAAAAAAACAUUCAUGUCAAGCUUCAUGUCAAGGUCUUUAUCAUAGUGUCUGGGUAUAUUUUGCAAUAAUAACUUAUCCCUGAUUUAUGUUGGAAGUGGCUAAAUGUGACUAUGCUAGUUUACAGAGAUCCGAUUAGCAGCAUUUAAGAGGCUGUUUAUGUCUACAAAUCUGCAAAAACUGAAAUGCUAUAGUCCAUGUGGUCUCUGAAGACCAAAGCGCAGAGAGAUUAGAGGAGAAAAGGGAAAAGCUGAGAAGAAAAAGCAGUUUUCUGGCCACAGAUCAAAUCUCUCAAGCAUGAUGACUCAAGAGUAAACCAUAUCUCCCAGAAACCCAUCACCUCAGACUUUUCCCCCUUUUUUUCCUUCUCUUCUUGAAGUUUAAGUAGCAAUAAGGUACAUGGUGGAGUGUGGACCAAAACUGCAGUAGUAUUUACUUUUUUCCUAGAGGAACUCUUUCCUUCUCUGGGAACUCUUUUCUUUGAGAGGUUUCUGUAGCUCUCGGAGCUGUCUGUCCCUGGGCUCCAAUUAGUUGCCUUUAAUGGUCAGCAAGGGCACUAGAGAGACCCUCAUAAGGUUCUCCUGCCGAGCAGGAGAAAUGAAAGCAUGAAGUGUGUCUCUCAUCUGGGCUGGACUGUCAUAUGUUUCUUUACCUUAUUAUGUGGUCUCUCACUCUGUCUUUUCCACUCUCUCUCAGUCUUUUGUUCUGUUUAAUGGAUUGUUCCUGUUACGCAGUUGGUUUUUAACUCUAUAACUUUAGAGUGACUUUAAAACCAUAAAACAUAACAAAAUUCAUUAGAUCCUUUGUUAAUAUUGUCUGAUGUUCAUUCUGUAAUGAUGCCAAUUCCUGGAAGAUGAUGUUGUUAAAGUCGGCAUGAAAUAGAAAUUCAAUCUAUUUUCUAAUUGUGACCUUAUUGCGAAUGAUUCAUCUAUGUAUGCGUUUUUUUUUUUUCUCAAUUUUUAAUCAAAAUGUCAUAACUCAAUCUUCCAGUGAAAUUCCAGAAUUCUCUCUUUGUGAUGUAUGCCGAACUUUUCUAAUUAUUUAGUCUGCUUAAACCAUGCCCCUUCUUACAAUCAAAUGAAAGCUUGCAUUCAGUUCCACCUCCAUUCAAUCAACAACUGAUUCAUAGAACCAAGUCCCGUCCCACUUUUUUUUUUUUUUCUUUGUCAGCGAUACAUUUCACUCAGAUGUACAUCACAAUAUGGAAAAUAUGAUCUGAUGCUACUUCCAUUACAUUGCAAAUUUAAGGACCUGGAUUUUACAAAAGGCUAACAUGAUGGAAAGGGUUAUUGGGGAAUAAGAAAAAUCUUAAACAUUUUAUAAGUUAGCAAGUUAGCAUAAUUAAUUAGCACAACUAGUAAAAAUGGCAACAUCCACUCAAACUAGAGUAGUGAAAUUACUUAAAGUUCACCCACUAUGUUCACUUAAUUGGGAAUUAAUAUGGUUUACAUCCUAAAAAAGUGUUAAUAUUUUAUCUAAUGUAUCUAAUUUAAAAUACAUACUGUAUGAUGAGGACAUGAAUGUGUACUGCAUAACAAGAUGCUAAUGAUUUCUUGGCUCUUCUGUGCAGUAGAUCAGCAUCUCAGAUAUGAUUUGCAAUUGCCCUAGCACUUAGAUUAUGUUUUAUGGCAUGGUUUCAAAAUAGAUUAGUUACUUUUAAAGUGUGCGAAUAUGUGUAGGUGGACAGGGCAUCCUUUGUACGGUGACCUGUAUUUAAGAGUACUUGAAAACCAUAGAGAGAAAACUGCCAGAGAUUGUGCAGUUUUUGUUGGCGCUUUGAAAGUGUUUUAAUUCGACAAUCUAAUCAAACUCUUUCCAACAGAGUUUUAAAACAGGUGCUUAAAAGGUGUGCACAGAGCUUUAUAAUCUUGCUCCACAGGAAAUUAGGGCUUUAAAAUGCUAAUUGGCACUCACCUUCACUCAACUGGAACUGGAGUGUAAACUAUGUCAUAUUGUCUAUGUAAACUUGGAGCUGUAAAACCAUUCAAUGAAAAUAUGAAUUGUUUCAUGCUCUGCUUGCUUCCACGAAGGCGGGUAUCCAGGAAACCAUUGCUAUAAGCCUGACUUCUGCAACUUACCAGGAGCUUUCACCUGCAAAUUUAAGUGCCAUGCAAACUCUCAGAGAUUAUAAUGGCGUAUCUUUGUUUUGCAUCCCAGCAGGCACUCUUAAAGAUUAGAGGCGAUGCUGUCAUGCUGUCAGGAUAAAUGACAACCCAGUCGGAACGCAUGUUUUGGGCCACGGGCGGCUCAUUGAGGAUGCAACACACGUAUUGUGUUAGCAUGCGCACAUGAACAUUGGGAGAAUAUUGUAAUUUAGGUCCGCAAGAAGAGCUUAAACGGUCAAACAAAUUAGUAAAGAGUUGUCAUGUGAAUGGAUAAGAGUAAAGAUUUAACAGUUAACUAAUUUGGACAAACUUACCAAAUGGUUGAAGGAUCAGCCAUUAAAUGAAGAUUUAAAUGAAGCCUGACAAGUUCCAUACAUUAAGAUUUGAGUGUUCAUAAAACAAUUUCCAUACUAGAACUUUAAAACUGUGAUGUAGCAACAACACACUAGAAUUUUUGUUUUCAUGACCCAUUAGUUCGCUUAUAUUCUUGUCAAUUCUUAAACAUUAACAUGUACACACUACUUGUGCUUCUUGCCUUAAAAAGCUGGUAUAACAAUCUCUAGUGGUGUGCUACUGACAUCUAGUGGUGAUUACAUAAAAAUAUGAGCCUAGUGUCUUACUACUGAGUCUAGCUAAACCAGGAGUGUCCAAUCCUGCUCCUGGAGGGUCACUGAUCUGCAGAGUUCAGCUCCAACCCCAAUUAAACACAUCUGAACCAGCUAAAUAUGGUCUUACUAGGCAUACUAGAACCUUCCAGGCAGGUGUGAGGCCAGUUAGAGCUAAACUGCAGGACAGUGGCCUUCCAGAAGCAGGAUUGGACACCCCUGGCCUAGUAUUGAGUCUAACUAAACCAGGGGUGUCCAGUCAUGCUCCUGGAGGGCUACUGUCCUACAGAGUUUAGCUCCAACCCCAAUUAAACACACUUGAACCAGCUAAUCAAGGUCUUACUAAAGAUACUAGAAGCUUCCAGGCAGGUGUGUUGAGGCAAGCUGGAGCUAAACUCUGCAGGACAGUGGCCCUCCAGGAACAACUGAACUAAACCAUAGAAUAUGACUAAAAAUAAAAUGAUCAUCAAGCAAAAUGUUUUCAUAACAGAGUGCAAGCAAACCACUGCCUAAACUAGCAUACAAAAAAGCAGCAAUGCAUUAAAGUUAUGAUGAACACUAACUGUUUAUUUUUACUGCCUCUAAAGAUGGAACACAGUACGUGCUUGCGAGAGACAGGGACACACCUGGGCUGUUCAGUCAGACAGGGCAUUAAAGUGAAAUAGGAUGACAGCAUUCAAGAGAGAACCCUUAUACAGUGCUAAUUUUGUGAGUUACAUGCUAACACUACCUGCAGCUACUACAGAAAAGACUUUUAGGGUACAUUUACACAACAAUGAUGUACUAAAAAUGGAAAAGUUUUUCCUUUACAUUUUCCGUAUACAGACGACACCAUUGUCAAAAUGAUCCCCGUUCACAUGGGUCCUGGAAAACGACUAAAAACGCUGUAUUCUGCAUGCCAGGCAAGUUGUUGGCUAUGUCACUUUGUAAAGAAACACUACGUGCCUAUAGACUGAACACAUAAUACGCACGAGCAUGACGUCACCUGCUUUCAAAUGUUUGCAUUUUCAGGCCCCCAAAAUGCAUCAUCAUGUAAACACGUAAAACGUUUUACAUUUUUAGUUGAAAAUGGUGUUGUGUAAAUGUCCCCUUAGUUAAAUGGUUUGAAUAUCACUUACAUGGUUAUUGUGGUGUUGUUGGUGUAGAUGUUAAAACUUCUGGCAAAGUAGGGAUUUUUUUUAACUUUCAGAACACUAAUGUUCAUUACACCUAAAAGUAAGCAAAUGAUUGCAGCUACAUUGAGAGUAACACAAAACUUAAUUUGAGUACAAAGCUCUCCAAGAACUUUCUUCAGUCCGUCUCAUUGCUAGCAUGUCAAACAGGUGUUCUGAAUUACAUUCUGUCAAAUUUGAAACACUGCCCCCUAUGUGCAGUUAAAUCCCAACUGUGUCUCCCCUUUUGGACCUGAAGUGACCCACUGCCCAUGUGAUACGAAUUUUACAGGCAACGACAACAGUCUCUGUCUGUAAACUUUUCUGAGCUAAAUUUAGCGCUGGGUCAAACAACAAGGUUGCUUAGCUAUUGCAUACAUAUUACAUAGCAUGCAAAGCCAUUUCUAAGCCAUAGAGAACAUGAAAUAUUAAGCAAACAAUAUCAGGAGCAAGAGAUGAAUGGACUAGAAUGAAGGGACAAAAACAGAGGUGGGUCUUCUCUGGGAAAGUAGAGCAUUACUGUCCUGGCUUUCUGUUGACCUGCACAAGGUCACCCAGAGGACCCAGUACCCAAAUAUUACAGCCCAAAGGUGUAACAAACACUCAAAUCCCUGUAUGUGUGUUAGCGCGUGCAUUUAUUUAUAUAUCUUCAAACGUCCUCCUUCUUUGGGCCAUGACAGGUGCCUCCCAGCUCCACCUGUCCAUCCUUUUCCACAGCCACAUGGUGGCGGACAAAUCCAGAAAGGGAUCAGUCAUUCAAGAAAUGGCAUGCUGAAGUGCCACGGGGCCACGGAAGAUCUCUGGACACCGGAUCAGACGCAGCUGCCCCCCGGCUGCUAUUUUCACUCAGCUUAAAGCACCAUGGGCAGCCAGCAUCUACGCCAUGGACUACCCACAACAACCAGUCUGUCUCUGCACGCCAUGAAGUCUACCACAGGCGAGCAAGGGCUAGUUCAUGCACAUCCUGCACACGAUACCCAGAGCUUGCCCUCCGAUCCUGAUGAGCUCGACAGUGGCAGUGACAGUUCGGAGAAAUCCACUGGAGCAGGGAGCCCCGCACGGGGCCACAGGGAGGCGGGGAGACACAGAGGGGGCCGUAGACUCUCAGGGGUGAGUAAACAACGGCAGGCAGCUAACGCUCGGGAGCGAGACCGCACGCACAGUGUCAACACUGCCUUCACGGCUCUACGCACCCUCAUCCCCACGGAACCGGCGGACAGGAAGUUGUCGAAAAUCGAGACUCUGCGAUUGGCAUCGAGCUACAUUUCACACCUGGCCAAUGUGCUUCUGCUAGGGGAGGACUGCAGGGACGGGCAACCGUGUCUGAAAUAUCAAAACAUCUUACAAAGCAACACCAAUCUCAAAACCCCACCAGUACGACCCAUCUGCACUUUCUGCCUGAGUAACCAAAGGAAAAUGCUUAGAGAUGGGGAAAAGCACACAACUGCGUGACAGCAGAAGUUCUCUGACUGACUACUGCUGCGUACGAGCUCUCAACUUCUGAAUGUUUACAUGUAAAGAGACAUCGCCUUGCACAGAGACAAGACAUUCUGCUGUAUAUGUUUUUUUUUUUUUUUUUUAAAGCUCUGAGGACAUACAAAAUGAGUGACAAGAAGAGAGAUCUGCACUUUUUCUGCGUUUCCUAUAAACGUGUUGCCUCCGCAUGUGUGGCCACCUUAUCGACUGUGUUUUCGUUAAUGUAACCGGAGAAUAUGUGUAAAGUUGCACCUGGUGGGUGGCUAUUUCAGUAUCAGAUAUAGUAAGCUACACCAUCCCUUGCCUUAAAAAACAGUCUUGUGUCUGCCUCCUGCACGUCACAUGAUGGUAAUUGAAACCUUGCGGUUUGCAGUGGUCGCUGUCAGUACAACAGCAGGCAAAAACUCAUCCCCUCCCUCUUGUCUCCACAUCUAAGCUGGGACCCCAAUCCCAACAUGGCUCUCAAGAGACUGUACACAAGAUUCUAACCUCAGCACAAGAAAUUGGGUUGGGCAAAGCAUCCUAAAUAUUUAUUAGAAAGUUCAAGUAGCACAUGACUGAAUGCUAAAGGUGGAAGUAUUUCAUAACGAGAACAUAAUCUUUCGUGUCUCGGGAACAAGGUACAUGGCCCCUAACAUGAGCCCUGGGUCAUGACCCUGACCCCAAAUGUUAUAUAGCCUUGUCUCAAAUGCUACCCUCAGUCCUUGCUGUCUUUCUUUGAGUCACUCUUUGGUGACGUAAGCCGCAUUUUCACCACAUGAACUUACCUCAGGAACUAGGAACUUUGGGGUGGUACUGUUUCGACCGCAGGAGCCAGGGUCUAAAUGAAGUUCUGGGUAAAAAAAAUCCCCCCCCCUUUUCAAAGUUCCGGAACUUUCAGGGGUGGGACUUGGGCACUGAACAUGCUGAUUGGUUGAGUUCAUGCAGCAUUUUGAUUGGUUGACUCCACGCAGCAUUUUAUUUUAACCAUAUUUUUUCAAAAGUAUGUUGCGGUGCGUGCAGUAAGAGUUGUUUGCUAUUCGAAUCAACAAUGGAGUUUAAAAAAUACGACCGAUGGACUGACAAUGAGGUUCAGGCUUUAUUAAGCUUAUAAGCGGAGACUAGAAAGUUGUGCGCAGUCCUACGUCAACCGUACUAUCUUCACGGUACUUUAGACCGCUAUGGAAAAGCAGCUAGCAAUAGGUUUAGGGGGAAAAAAGUUCCUGGGACAAAUUGUUCUGGGUAAUUUCGGUGGAAAUGCGGCUGUAAUGACAACAAUUUCACACUGCGACCACAAAGGAGAUGCUUGUGCUUCUGAAUCAUAAAACACCAAAUUCUUGUGGAUUUCAUUGAAAUUGCAUGAGGGAAGGCCAUGUGACCACAAGUCCAAAUCACAAGCAUCAACAUCUUGGGCACGCUACAAGACAGAAGAUUGUUGCAUUUGCAUGCAUUUCAAAUCUUUAAGACUGUUGUUGUUGUUGAUGUUAUAGUGCACACUUGGGGCCUCAUUUGUAAAAUGUGUGCAUGCGCAGAUUUGAACUUUGAGUGCACAAUCUAAAAUCCACACCAACGUUCAUAUUUAUAAAAAAAAAAAAAAAAAAAAAAAAAAAAAACAGUCUUUUGACCUGGAAAAGUGCUUAGUGCCACGGCAGGUUCUAAGCAGACGUACGCACUUUUCCUUGUGGCAUAGAGUCGGAGUACUGCAGGUAUCUGGAACUCUAAGUAAUUCUUGCCACUCACUGUUCUCAUGUAAAGGAUUUGGACAUCGACUGGCAUUUACAAGGUGGAGAUCUGAAACCAGUCAGCCACGCAAAAUUUCAAGAUUAUUUGAAUUUUGAAAUUUCACAUCUGGAAGAGAGGCGUGCACACAUUUAUUUUUUUGUGUACGUCAGUUCUCUGAAUCACACAUACACACAUUGGAGAAAUUAUAAUACGAUCAAAGGUAGGAUGGUUUCUAUGCAACGUUUUAUAAAUGAGGCCCUUGGCCCUUCCCACGACUUAAGAAGUGGCAGUUUAAUUUCAGAAAAUGUCCCACAAGUUGGCACAUGCUUUAAUUUGACAAUGGUUUGGGGGAAAAGGUCAACAAUUUUCUGGCUUGUAGCAUGCACUAGGCUCCAGUACACCACUGAAUCCUCACAUGUGCUGAAACUUUUGUUGUAUUGUUUACAUUAACAGAAAAGGAAUCACAAAUUUGAGCCUAACACUUACUGUGAUUACAUUUUUUUUUUUUUUUCUUUUCAGAUUUUGCACCUGUGAUUUGAACACAUUUAAAGGCAGUUUUACUUCUGUAAAAGCAUCAAGAUGUAGAGCAUAGCCAUUUCUAUCCAAAAUGUUUACCUGCGUGUCUUGCACAAGUCAGAACUUCAGCUUGUUAUUUUGAGUCUCUGGAGACCGUGCAUAAUGACUUUUUCUACAUUUUUUUUUUUUCUAUCUUUUUUUCCUUUCACUAAAGAUGUGCACAACAAAAAAUAAGUGCAAUGAAAGUACCACAUAUUGUACUGGAAAUACUGUGACAAGGCUUUUGUCAGUUGUUUGUAGUAGUAUUCUCCCCCCCCCCAAAAAUGUAAAGGUCAAAAUGCAUUAUACCAAUAUGGCCUACCUCUAAAACACUUUAAACACUAGCCUGUCAUAUUCUAAUACUUGAAUUGUCUUCUUCUAAAAGUGGUCCUUUGCACAUGCCAAACAUCAAACAAGCUGCUAUUUAAUUAUCAAAUAUUUUUGUACAAGAAAAACAGUCUGUACUUGUGACUUUUUCAAACCAUUAAAUUAUUUUUGAAAAACAUGCUCUGAAUGUAGUUCAUCCUGGGUUCUGCAGUGCCCCCUGGUGGAAGACAUUGCACAUUCAAAAACCAGUAUGUUAAAGGGUCAGUUCACACAAAAAAAAAUUCUGUCAUUAACCACCCUCACGUCGUUCCACACUCGUAAGACCUUCGUUCAUCAGGAAUAUGACUCGUCCAUAGACAGGCAAUAUAAUUGCCAAUUUCGAGGUCCAGAAAGGCACUAAAGAGAUUGUUAAAAAAAACAAAAAACAAAGUUGACAUGACUGCAGUGGUUCAACCUUAAUUUUAGGAAGCCACAAGAAUACUGCGCAAAAAACAAAACAAAAAUAACGACUGUAUUCAACAAUAUCUUUUCUAUCGUGUUUUUUUUUUUUUUUUUUUUAAAUGUUUAGCACUUCCAGAUUCUACAUCAGAACACCGACUCCUUAUUGGCCAGUUCCUGCGUCGCACUGUUCACACGAACACAGCCUCUGCCAAUACUGAGCCGGCAUUCGGACGCAGCCACGUAAGCUCUGCAAUGCGUAACAAACUGACAGGGAAGACAAAAAAAAAAAAUUGUUGAAUAAAGUCGUUAUUGACUAAAGUAUUUUUGUUUUGGCGCACAAAAAGUAUUCUAGUUGCUUAAUAAAAUUAAGGUUGAACCACUGCAGUCACGUCUAACGUAACAUCGACUUAUUUUAAUAACAUCUUUAGUACCUUUCUGGACCUUCCUCUCAUUCCUCUCGGAUUUCAAAAAUAUCUUAAUUUGUGUUCUGAAGAUGAACGAAGGUCUUACGGGUUUGGAACGACAUGAGGGUGAGUAAUUAAUGACAGAAUUUUCAUUUUUGGGUGAAUAACCCUUUAAAACAAGGCAAGAACCACACACAAAGCAUAUACUUCUAGGUCUUUAUUUCUUUAAAAAAAGUCAAUUAGUUAUUCCGAUUAAAGAAAUUGGUGACAUAAGAUGGAGAUAUCAUAGAAGUGGUUGGGAGUCAUUUAAGGGUCUUUACAGGGUGAUCAGCAA